AGUGAUAAUUGAGAUUGUCACCGGUGAUACCGGAAGUCUCCUCUACGUAGUAUGUAGCGUCCUAAACAACCGGCCAAGAAUGUCUUCAAAUAGGAAUAUAAAGUCGAAAGAAAAUACGGUCCUGACAGCAGCUGCCCUCCAAGAUCACCUUGUCAAGUCUCUGGGACUGGGUGACUUUAUCGGGCCUCGUCAUGUGGGAACCGGGCCAGCAGCGAAAGCAAGGGCGAAGAAAGACAUCAAAUCCACCAUCGAUACUGGCAGAUUUGGAAGAAAUCAUCCUGUGAAAAAGAAGGUUGAGAAAGACCGGGAGUAUGUGCUGGACCCCAAACCACCGCCCCUCACACUUGCUCAGAAGUUUGGCUUAGUCGAGGCCCCUGCACAGCCUCUCACAGAGAAUGAAUGGCAGGUGGCGAAAACCAAAUCCAACCAGCGAGAUGACUCUAAGAUGCCAUGUGUUAUAUGCAAGGAGGAUUUUGGAUUCCAAGAACAGGUGCUGCUGUCUUGUACACAUGUUUUUCACAGGGCAUGUUUGCAAGCAUUUGAGCGUUUCACUGGAAGAAAGACAUGUCCAAUGUGCAGACGGGAACAGUACCAGACGAGACUUAUUCACGAGGGAUCUCGACAUCACCUGCACAAAUCCGCUACCAGGAUCCAGGCCUGUUGGCGUGGUUACGUUGUCCGAUGCAUGUACCAGAAGCUGCAAGAGGCAAACCCUCCCAAAGAUCCAAAACUCAGGCAGAAAUUCUAUGAGGAAAAGCUGAGCAGAAUCACAGAGCGGAUGGUUCGUUCAUGUGACUUCAAUGUCGGUGACUUCCUGCGCGAGAUGGACCAGAGCCUUGCUGCCAGUAGAAACGUCUUCCGCGACUUUGAUGCCCGCUUUAAGAUCAUCAGUGAAGAAGAGUGGGAGCAUAUCCAGCUAAAGGCGGUUGAAAGAGCCAAUCAGGACUGCCCGAUCUGCCUUACUGCCCUGGCUACCUGUUCCGACAGUGAAACCACAGGGAAAGACAGGGAACCGGAUGAAAACAAUACUACCCAAACUAAACCCACAAAAGACCGGGAACCAAAUCUGAAAAAUUCUCGGACACAAAAGUUUAGUGCAAAUGCUCAAACAAAAUCCUUACACUCAGAUAAAUCUGUAAACCAUGAUAAAACCAGAGGGACAUCUAAGUCAAAGACAGAUACUAAUAAAAGAAGUAACGAGGAAGACAAAAGUUUAGAAACAGAGAGUGCCGUACGUUCCAUAGGCAAGGAGAGACAGACGGUUCUUCUAUCAUGUUCACACGUAUUUCAUGCCAAGUGUUUAGAGAUGUUUGAGGAGUUAAGUUUGGAGACGAGGAACACUUGUCCUGUGUGUCGAGCAUUGUAUGAGAAAAAAGUCCUGAAUGUCUGAUUGAAAGAUUCACCAAUAAAAAUGACGGUCAUAUCAGAUUUUAAAGAUGUUUUUGCUGUGAUACUUUAUGAAUAUAUAGUGUUUGAAUUUUUAAUGUGAGAAUUUGUCUAUGUUUUGAUUUAAGGUUAAAAAAAAUAAAUAUUGAAUAUGAUAUGUUUUGAUGGUAGGGACAAUUUAAAGUAAAAACAUCAAAUGUCAAGGUCAGGGUCAACCUCACUUUGAAUUAAAUUAAAUUUAAUUGAAAACAUUAUUCAAUGAAGGUACUUGAAUAGACUAUGGCGAUUCCUAGCUAUAUGUAAUCCUAUGUACGUUUGCAUCAAACUGUAUUCAUGUUGGUCUGCACAUUUGCCUAACAACAGGUCAAACUGUAA